GCCAGCAGUCUCCCAGCUUUGCUUUGCACCAGGAGUUACAAUGAAUUUUGCAGCACAGUUUAUCUACUCCAGGGUCUUAAAAAACAGAAGUCCCAGGGACCGCUACAGGGAAGACGAAGACUACGAUCCUUUCUGGCAAAGGUUGGAGAAUAUUGCUGUCUGACUUAGAGCUAGAGUGCUCCUUUAUCCCCCUCAGGGGUCAUGGUCAGCCCUCGGGGUCCCCCCAGGGCCAGGCCCACGGACAUGACAACCCCUGGACCCCUCCUGCCUCCUUAUGGUGUCGUAGUUGGAGUUUUGCUUCGCCUCGUUGUUUAUUUAGUCGCUGUGCUGUAUAGUUAUGCUGAGCAGCUGUUCUUGAAAAAGGAUGACAAUAGAAUAAAGAAACAAGAUAUCCUGGCAGUUUGUGAUCUUCACUGCUGUAAGGAUGUCCCUGUAAGAAAUGGCCUUAUUGGGCAGAAGCCACCCUCUAUCAACCCUGAGAGACUGAAGGAUUUUGGUGAGGAGGAUUACCUGAACGGGGAUGUGAAGACCUGGGAAAUGAAGAUAGUGAGCCGAAAUGAGGAGUUAAUUAGGGAUGCCCUUUCCUGCAUCCCUCAGCCAAGCAGUAGGACCAGCCUGGCAGGCUGUAACAGGCUGAUUCGAUUUGAAGACAUUAGUGCAGCAGCCUUCAAAAUCCAGUGUGGUGUUCAGAAAACCCCCUGCAUGUAUUCUAGGCUAUCCAAGCUGUAUGGAAUGGACAUCUACCUGAAGAAGGAGUUCCUCCAGUACACAGGGUCUGUGAAGGAACGAGGUGUGCUUUACCUUCUGAUGUCAUUGCCUCAGGAGCAGCAAAGAAAAGGGGUGAUCGUGGCUUCGGACAGUAACUUUUCCAUGGCUGUUGCUUACCACGCCUCAGAGCUCCGUGUUCCCGUGUUUGUCAUCCUGUCCACCAGCACGGCUCCGGCCAGGGUCAGGAUGUGCCGCGACUAUGGUGCCAUGGUCAUCUCCUACGGCACCACUGCCAAGGAUUCCCAGGUGCACGCCCGCCGGCUGGCACAGGAGAACGGCUACCUCUACCUGGAAGAGGAGGACAGUGCUGUGUACCUGUCAGGCCUGGGAACCGUGGGGCUGGAGAUGUAUGAGCAGGUGCCAAAGCUGGACGCCGUGAUUUUCCCUGCAGGAGGCCACUGUGGCUUGCUGGCAGGGUCAGCUGCUGCACUCAAACACCUCAACCCAAAUAUUUCUGUAAUUGGAGUUGAAUCUGAAACUUUCCCAGUAUUGCAACAGUCCUUAAAAGCUGGCCACCCAAAUGAUGACCAGGCCUGCAACAAUCAUCACUUCUAUGGAGAUGUGAGUGGAGUUUGCUUUGGCAGCAAUUCUUUGCAGCUGACUGGGAAGCUUGUGGAUAAAGUUGUUGCUGUGAGGGAGGAGGACAUCCUCAUUUCAAUGCUGAGACUGCUGGAGUAUGAGCGAGCCACGGUUGAUGCAGAAGGGGCCAUUGGGCUUGCAGCACUGGUGGCAGGGAAGCUGCCUGAGUUGAAGGGUAAAAGAGUGGCAGUUGUUAUAUGCAGUGGAAACCUGGAAUUACAUUUGCUGCAACAGUGCAUAGCUCGUGCCCUGACCCUGGAUAACAGAGUGUGCAGAUUUUCCCUUGUGAUUUCUGACUGCCCAGGAGACAUGUCAAAGCUACUGGAGAUUUUGGCUCGGGAGGAAGCAAGAGUUUUGGAUAUCAAACAAGAACGCACAUUUGUGACAUCUGAGCUCUUCACUGUCGAGGUGAUCUGCACUGUGGAGACCAGAGACAAGAUCCACACAGCCCAGCUGAGGAAUGCGCUCUUGGAACGCUACCCCACAGUUGCCUGGACUGAGCGGUGAUGGGCACGGGGUGGGGCACGAGGGCCUCUGACAAGGACUCUGCAGAGCCCCAGCCUUGAGGCUUUCACAGCAAAUAUUAUCUUUCAAAGCUGAACAGUUAGCAAAUAGUUUCAGGAUAUUGAUUUCCUGCUCAAAAUGUAGUAAAUAUCUUUGGGGGAAAAAAAAAGCUCAACUCAGAACGUUAGUUUAGCUAAGGGAAGCUCUUAGUCUCUGCUGGUGUUGGAAUUCCUCAAUUCAUUAUCAGCUGGCUGCCUGGAUUUUAGCUAGUUUGUAGAACCCAGUGAUAUUCCAUAAACAGGGAGAAGGCAUUUCUCUUUACAUCUGAAUGUAGACCUCUCAAAGGUCUUCUGAUUUUGAUGCCCAUUGUUGAAGUAAUGCAGCUCCUUCUGCUGGACCUAGCCACAUUACAAGUAGAGAAAUUUUCUGUUUCCAAGCCGGAAGCAGUUUUCUGUUUGCUAAAUCUGCUUCAGAAGGUGUGUGGGGUUGAACAUGACUAUGUUCUGAUCUUUGCUACCACGUGAGGAAAAAUUAUGCUAAUAGAAGGUGAUUUAAACACAGACAGAAAACCCCUUGGAAGAUAAAAGCCAAUAUAAUUUUUUUUUUUCCCAAGGGAAAAUGAUCCUAUUUGCAAAAUCAAAUUCAAAAAUAUUUUGCAGAAAUUGAAAAAAAGUAUUGAGUAUGAUUAGAACCCAUAAAUGGAACACAAAUAUAUUUCUUCCCUCUGCUUUUGGAGACUCGGUAUAAAAAGUUGCAACUGGCUUGUGUUUCUAUGUAAAAAGGGGUCUCACUACUCAUGUGAAUUUUGUAAAUAGCAUUCCACUGAUUAUCUUAGUCUGUCUAAAACAGGCUCUAUCCAUCUCACCUGACAGAUUGAGUACACUGUUAAUAGUGACAUAUAUUUAAAGACCACGUGUUAAUAGCCAAAGGCAGUGCUGGGAGAAGAGGAAGCCGAAGUCUUAGGCACAUGGCUAAUGCAAUUAACAAAGAACACAUUGACCUAAAUACCAUUUUUAUCACUGCAGGCAGAGACCAACCAAUAAUAUAACAGAGUGGGAUGGCAAGAAAUAUAAGAGAAGUUCAGACCCUCUUCCAAAUGUGCACACCACAGAGUUGUGCCUUUUCAUUGGGGCAGAAUUUAACUUUAGCUCUGGAAGACCUUACAGCACCUUCCAGUACCUAAAGAGGGCACACAGGAAAGCUGCACGGGACAAGGGGCAAAGGCUUUAAAGUGAAAGGGGACAGAUUUACAUUAGGUAUUAGGAGGAAAUGUGAGGCUCUGGCAUGGGUUGCCCAAAAAAAUGAUGGAUGUCCCAUCCCUGGAAGGAUUCAAGGCCAUGUUGGCUGGGGCUUUGAGCAUAUGGUCUAGUGAACAGAACUCCAUGACAGGGAGGUUGGAACUAAAUGGUCUUUGAGGUAUCUUCCAACCCAAACCAUUCUGUGGUUCCAUGAUCCAUCUCUCUGUGUAGCUUAUACAGGCAAGAUGGGAUGAGAAGGGCAGCAUUGUGGCUGUCUGUAGUUGAAUUUUUCUAAGAAAUAAUCUGUUUGCUCCUUCUUGUUGUAGUUCACAAGGGAGCAGGAGUACAGAGUCUUACAAAUGGUGGACAAAAAAUAGAAGUUUACAGGUUUGGUCUGUUUCUGGAAGGACCGUAUUGGUUUGCACAUGGAACUAAAAGUUAUUGAUGCCCCAAUGGUUAGUUUUGUUCCCUUCUUGCCAUCCAGAAUGAUGGGUAUAGGCUUUGGUCCUGUAAAUCACAGCUGUGUCUUUUCAGACACAACUCUUUUCUCCACUGUCAGGAGAGUUUAAAAAUCUGCAUGGAAAUAGAUGACAGAGUCCCUAUUACAUACUUGCUACUUCCAUUGGAAUGAGAAAUGAACCACAUCAUCAAAGAGCAGAUUUGGGGAUGAAAACCAGCUAUUGGUAAGGGUCUAACUACCCUCUCAUGUGUUUUGGCAAAAGUCUCAGGAAAUUUUGAGAAUGUCUCAGGUACCUAUAUGAGAAGAAAAUGGAGUUUUAUAACCAAAGCUCUCAGUAGUGGUGAACAGGUCCUGCUGUAUGGGUAUUUGGUUUAAAAUUUUGUAUUAUCCUGGCCUUUGUUGUUUUAGAAGCUCAGUGCAUUAACAGCUUCUUUCCUAAUCAGUGGGAAGUGCAUUUAGCAAGUCUUCACAAAUCUGGGGCAAGAAGAUGCAGCAGAUUGAGCAACCAAAAAUCAAUGCACUUGAAAUCACUAUACGAUUUUGGAAAUGUGUUUGGGUUGGGGGGAAGGAAGAUGAUGUCCAGAAGGUGCUUAAAAUGUCAAACAUGAUAUUUGCAGUUUGGUUUUAUUUUUAUUAAUUAUAAACAUAGUUUUAAAGUGUAAAUCACUCUGCAGUAAUGAACACUUUCUAUGUCAAUAUAAUAAUACCAGAGGUGUUUUACAUUCUAUAUUGCCUUUAUUGAAGUCUCACUGGCUUAAAAGAAAAAAUUAAGAUCUUCCAAGGGGAAAAAACCCUCAAAAUGAGACAUUUAAAUGAAUGUAUGCUUGGAAAGAAUAAUUAAAUACCUGUGCUGCUAACCUUUUCCUUUUUUAAUUAUGAAAUAUAAUAAGAUCUAUGGCAUUUCAAAGAUCUAAUAAUGUGGUUUUGAAUGCUUUAUUUAAAGAAGUAUUUUUAUAUAGAGUGUUCUUAUGUACCUUGAAAAAAACUUUAAUGAUUAUUUUAAAAUUUCACUAAUGGUUAAAUCAGCAAAACAUAAAUCUAAGCAUGUAUUUAUUUGAAAAAUAAUUAAAAUUCUGCUAUGCCACCUCAA